AACGCUAAUAAACAAAAAAUUGAAAACAUAACCCCAAAAAGAAAGUAUAUUCAACGUUUGAAUUAAGAAUUCAAGAAUUAAGAAUCAAGGUAAAUCAAAGAAGCAACGCCAACGCAAUCGACCCAGAAACAAACGAAAUCGCGUGAAAGAUAACGAAAUUCAGACAGAUAUCCUUACCUUAGUUGAUCAAGAAAUUAUGCCACAGGUAAAGAGUCCGUCGAGUCAGGAUGAGAAAACCCGCGAGGAAAUCAUAGCCGCAAGAGAGGCCAAGAAGAUAAGUAAGCUGGGUAAGAAACAAAAAUCAACUCUUGCUGCACCGUCAACGGAACCGGGACCAGCACCAGCAUCACUAACUGGUACCACAAUUAUAACUGAAGUGGAACAAACAACCAUAACUACCAAGCUCACAAGGACCACAACUACCAGUGGCUGCAAAAAGAAUGUUGUUGAAAAGCAAGGAGCUGUUGCGCCCACGCCAAUUGCUACAGUUAAAUCCUUGCCAGGAAUUCCCGGGGAUGAGUCAGGCGUGAGUGAAAAAAGUCGUGAUCAAAUCAAGGCGGAACGAGAGGCAAAAAAAGCAGCGAAACAAGCAGCAAAGGCGAAUAAAAGCACUGAAAAGAUCACGCAACAGUUGGGUGAAGUGACUUUAGACGGGGCAAAUUCAGUCCCAGGGAAGGCAACAGUGAAGGCCACUUCUUUAGCGACGGCUCCAACAGAGCAGAAAAAACCAGUGACAAAGGCCGAGCGUCGGGCCGUUCAAGAGGCCCAGCGUGCUGCUAAGGCUCAGGCCCAAGUGCAAGGAAAGUCCUCACAAUCGCAGGGGAUAAGUCUCAACGCAAGCAAGUCCAAGCUCAAUACUACUAGCACGCCUCCGCGAGAAACUGAACUAUCACCUAGUAAGGCUUCAUCGCCCUCAAAAUCCCCUCAAGCGAUUGGCAACAACACUCCCAAAUCGGAGGGUCGAGUGAAAUUGUUCAACCAUCUACUAACCGCUGACAAGGAUGCCAGUCUAUUUAUAAAUGAUGCGCAGGUCCAUCCCAGCAUAGCUCGACUUGGUGUCCAAUAUGCCCAGCGCACGGUAGUCGGCUCUAAUGCGCGGUGCAUCGCCUUUCUACAUGCCCUGCGCCAGGUGGUAAAUGACUUUGAAACGCCUGCCAAAAAGGAAUUUGGACGCAGUCUUGAUGCAGCUGUUAAGCAUCAUGUUGAUCAUUUGCACAAGUGUCGCCCACUGGCCGUGUCUGUGUUCAAUGCCUACAAACAGUUUAAGAAUCAGCUAACUCAAUUGCCAACCGAUAAGCCAGAGACGGAGCUGAAAGAACUCUUGGGCCACUUUAUAGACACCUACAUAGAAAACCAAAUCGGCAAAGCUGCCCAGGCCAUUAGCAGUUUCUUGCAGGAGAAGAUUACCGAUGGCGAUGUCCUGUUAACCUUCGGCUGCUCAUCUCUCAUUCAUUUUAUUUGCGAAGAGGCUAAGCGACGGUUGGUCAAUUUUAGAGUCAUUGUCAUUGAUUCUCGACCCAAUUGCGAGGGUCAGGAGAUGCUGCGGCGCCUGCAUGUCCAUGGCAUACCCUGUUCCUAUGUUCUCAUCAAUGCUGUGGGCUAUGUGAUGCCCGAAGCAACUAAAGUUCUGUUAGGGGCUCAUGCACUGUUGGCCAACGGGUAUGUGAUGGCCCGCACGGGAACGGCCCAGGUGGCGCUGGUAGCCCAUGCUCAUAACGUCCCGGUGUUGGUCUGCUGUGAGACUCACAAGUUCAGUGAACGCUUUCAGACCGACGCCAUUGUCUACAAUGAGCUCAGCGAUCCCAAUCAAUUGGUGCGAAACGAAAAGUGCUGCCUUAACAACUGGCAAACAAAUUCUCGGCUCACGCCCCUCAAUCUUAACUAUGACAUAACGCCACCCGAAUUGGUCAGUGCUGUAGUCACCGAAGUGGCCAUUCUGCCCUGCACCAGUGUUCCCGUCAUACUGCGCAUCAAACCGGACAUUGGAUAUUAACAAGAUUGAUAAACGAAACUGUUGCAAUUGUUGAAUAAAUUAUUUUUAUUACA